UUGAUGAAAUAUCGCAUGGACGCUAUUGCGAUUUUGAAUGCUUCAGUGGCUUUUUUUAAGCUACUGUCAAAUUACAUUUCAAACACAAACAAGCACACAUAUGUACGCCACUGGGAAAAAUUAACAGUGAAUGGGGUGUUUAGUUUUUUACUUCUGUAUGUAUAUGUAAUAAGGGGGGAGAAAAACAAUGGAUUUGAUGUUCUGUACCAUAAUAUGAAACAUGGACUGGUUGCAAGUAAGGAGUUUGCAGAUUUUUUGAGGGAAAGAUCCAGUAUUGAGGAGAACCAUUCAAAACUUCUAAGCAAACUUGCUAAACAAGCGGCUGGAGGCUGUGUCCAAGGAACAUUUGCUCCUCUUUGGCAUGUGCUUCGUACGUCAGCAGAGAAACUUGCCAACCUUCACAUGCAGAUGGUUCAGAAAGUUUCGGAACUUGUCAAGGAAGUGAGCAGAUAUGCGGAUGAACUGCAUAAGAAGCAUAAAACAGUAAAGGAGGAGGAGUCUGGUACGCUAGAAAUAGUGCAGGCUAUUCAGUCAACAACGUUAACGUUACAAAAGGCUAAGGAUGCUUAUACACAGAAGGGUUUAGAGUUUGACAAAUUGAAAAAAGAAAAUGCCUCCGCAAAAGAUGUGGAAAAAGCAGAAGCAAAAUUAAAGAAGGCUCAAGAAGAUUAUAAAAAUUUGAUAGACAAGUACAGUGCCGUAAAGGAAGAUUUUGAGAAGAAGAUGUCUGUGGCUUGUAAGCACUUCCAAGACGUAGAAGAGGCACAUGUUAAACAAAUGAAGGAAUUCCUCAAUACAUAUGCUGAAGUUCUGCAAAAUAACCAUGAUCUCAUUGGACAGGUUCACAUAGAAUUUAAACAACAAUGUUUGGAAAUGACUGUGGAUAAACUCCUUGAGCAGUUUGUAUCGAACAAAUGCACUGGGUUGGAGAAGCCAGGUUCUAUAGAAUUUGAGGAACUGAAUAUGUCAGGGUUAACUUCAAUUAGUAACCAGACACCUGAUUCCUCAGAUAAAACAGCGAAUGGUGAUAAGCCUUCCAAAAAAGAAGGUAAUCUUGAGUCUGGUGGACAGAAAACAAAAGAAAGCAAAACAUCCCGUCGCACUACCUCCCUUCUCAACCUCUUCAUGUCUAACUCCCAGGGAAGCAAAGAAUGCAGUGGGAACCCUGAGGGAGGGAGCCUUCCCACCUCAGCCCCCACGAGCCCAACCAGUGGGGUCGGGGCAGGGGCGGGGACCGGGAUCCCACCCAAUGGGAACGCAACCUCGCUAGCACGGAACCCCUUGCGAGGAUCAAAGUGGUUUCUAAGAAGUAGAAGAGAAAAACGCAAGGAAAAGAAGGCAAAGAAGAAAAAGGAUGGCUUAGAUAAUACAAGUAGCAAGGAUGAUAAGUCAGAUGUAAAGCCUGCAAGUCUUGAUGAUUCCAGGGAAGACAAAGAUGACAGUCGAAAGUCAGGAACACCAACUCCUGAAGUGGAUGAAGAAGGUUACUGUAUACGCCCUAAAGUUGACCUUUGGGGGAAUGAGAAGGGCAGUUUCUACUCAAGUUCUGACACAGACUCAGAUGAUGAACGCGAACAUAAAAUCCACGUGGAAAUCAAACCGUUGAGUAAUGGCUCUGCUCCUAUGAGUGCCAGUGUUGAUGAACUUCGGGCAACUGUUGAAAAUUUGUCACUCUCUCCAGUAGCCAUGGCUUCUGGCAGAAGAGACUCUGGUGCUGAAUCUGACCAUCAUAUGAAGAGAUCUCAGUCAGUAUCUCAACAGCUUGGCGGGAAACCAAGUAGUGAUUUACUGGGAUUGAGUCUGUUCCAAAGUCCGACAGCAUCGAGUGCCUCAACCCCAACGGGGGUUCCAAGUGGAGGUCAUCCGUACGCACCACUGCAGAGCCCCACACAACCUUCCAUGGGAAGUCCCGCUCCUUCGUCGUCUUCUCGUUACGCUGAUCUAGGAGAUUUGUUCUCGGAAGUGGGAGAAAUCCAGCCAGCUUUACCUCCUAAACAGUCCAGACAGACUCCCACACCCACACAGGGCUCAAUAGCAAUUCCUAGGCCACCAUCACGGAGAGGAGAGGGCCCAUCGCCACGAGGUCGAAUGAGUCCAGCUCCAGGUUCAUCUUCCAUCUCAAGGGCUGACAGUGUUGGCAGCCUUGAGUUUCGAACUGCAGGCAUACCUGUUGGCUCAUCAAGAGGACCCUCGCCUCUAACCAUUGGCAUGGCGGACACCAUCCCUUUGGCCGUCGCAUUUCAUGAAAUUGUUCACUCGUAUUUCAAAGGAACUGAUGAAACUAAAUGUCAAGUAAAAUUGUCAGGUGAUAUGAUGUUAUCUUUUCCUGCGGGAAUCGUUGCAGUACUCGCCAAUAAUCCGAGUCCUGCACAGCUGUCAUUUCGAAUUCGCAACAUCCACCGUCUCGAUAAUGUUUUACCCAACAAACAACUGGUUACACUAGAUUCUGCACAGUCAAGUAAUGAGAGUAUGUUGUUUGACUUUAAUAUGAGUGCCUUAACUGCUCUGCUCAGAAGACAGUCUGAACAAAAUCCUUCUGCAUCUUACUUCAAUGUAGACAUCUUGAAGUAUCAGGUUAAACCGAAAAGUGGCGCAGGAUCGUGCCCUUACCAGUUAGUUGCAUACUGGAAAUGUGAGUCGGGUCAUACUGACCUUAGGGUGGAUUAUAAGUACAAUAGCCAUGCCAUGGCCUCAGCAUCUCCUCUGCUUAAUUUGACAGUGGCAGUCCCUAUAGAUGGUGGAGUGAAGUCCAUGCAGUCAAAACCAGCAGCGCAGUGGCUGGCAGAUAGUCACCGAGCUGUAUGGAAAUUCACUGAACUGUCACAACACAGCGAGAACCAUGGAGUGGGCUCUCUGCGUGCUCGUCUAGAAGUGUCCAAUGGCCCAAGUUCUCAAGGAACAAUCGCCACGCAGUUUAACUGUGAAGGUACAACUCUGUCUGGAGUGGAGUUUGAUCUGGUUGGAACUGGUUACCGACUGUCUCUUGUUAAGCGUAGAUUUGUUUCAGGGAAAUACAUUUGUGAUGCAGACCCAGACCCCAAAUAUAGGUACGCAGCUCCUCCAAGUUCAGACUGCUAGCAGCCAGUGUCAUAUUAUCGGUCACCACAUAUGCCAUCAGAUGGUGUGUGCCCCAUACACACACAUAUGAAGUCAUUAAGAAUGGAAUGGGUCCGUGUGUGUGAACUACCAUCGUUAUAGUCAACCAUUGCAAAUGCAAAUUUUGGUGAUUUGGUAAGUGAAGAUGAUCAUCAGUUUUGGAAAGAGUUGAUGAUAUUGUAAAUUGGCUCCUUGGCCAAGCAAUAAUUUCUGAACGUUCUUCAUGAAGAUAUAUUGGUCGGGAACUUUUCCCGUUGAUCAUACUGCUCGUUGCCAUACUCCCAGUGGUACAGCCGUACUUCUUUGUCGGUCGCUCGGUAUUUACCUGCGCAUUUUUAUUUCCAUACCCUACAAUAUACAGUACAUAAUCAAAUGAAGUAAGUUUUUAGUUGAAUUUAAUUGUCUCCAGUAUUAGAGUUGUAAUGUAUAAUGUAUAUUAUAUUAUAAGAGUAAUGAAAAGAAAUUAAAUUUGUAAAGCAAUUUAUUUCUGUUAGGUAAUAUGUGUUAUGGAGUCUCAUUUGUCUGUGUUUCUGCAGUGCAGGAAUAAAGUGUACUAAUGUAACAACGCAUUUUGCGAUAUUUUAAUGGGAAAACUACUUUAUAGAGAUUGUAUCUGACAGCAUAAGUUUGAUGAUGAGCUGUGGAAUGAGUGUUGACUGUAUGUUUGGUCAUGAUGACCAAUCUCAGAAAUUGUAUGAUUAGUUUUUAGUCCUUGGAUUUCCACUCGAGUCUACUCUGCCAUCACGUAGUAUUCAUUGUAUUUUGAUACCAGUUUUCAAGUCGUAGUGUAUUCACAUAACAUUCCUUUGUAGCUCAGGAAAACAGUUCUAGCCUAUCUAUAAACCUGUAUGUCUGUCUCAUCAUCACAUUCUUACCAGUGUAACUCAUUAUGAUAUAAUAGUAUAUACUCCACUGAUGUACUAUGCUCAUCUUGGUAUAAUGUAUUAGCAUAACCCUGUUAAUUGUAAUUACAUUUUAUGUCUUCACUGUGUUGUCUUUUUGGAAAAAUGGAUAUGUACUAGUGUUCAUAGCAUACCUGAUACAGUUAGAAAUUCUUUAAUACCUCUGACGUACAGUGCCUGUUAAUACAUAUAGCUACACUACGCAAGUUCGCCCGCAAGGAGCUGGCGUUUACGAAGACUCUUAAGGAAUUGCUUCCUUAACAACUGGUCCAAAAGUCUUCUGUUCAAACCACCAUUUAUAUUCACAUCAUAUAUUUUCCUACCUUUUCUUAUAAAGAGUCUGUCAUGAAGGAUAGAUUUGUGUAUUUUAUGACUUUGGAAAUGAAAUAUGAAUUCUGUUAAUAUGUGUUCGCUAUUUUUUUUUUUUUUCAUAACUUAAAAUCACAGAAUAAUAAUUAAAUUCUGUUCACCAUUCUAAUGCAUCUCAGAAUUAUCAGUUGAAAUUCAAAUAUUUGUUCAUAAUCUAUCUGUAUGUUUACAGAUCCUCGUUUUCAAAAUUAAGAGUUCUGUAUUUUCUUGUCAUGCGAAAUCAAUGUUGAAUGGCAACUGUUACUUAAGGUUUAAUGGCGUAUUUGUAUGAGGUAUGCUAUGGACUUUUAAGAUGCAUGUUCAAUACACUUACAUAGCAUCUGUAUGAAAUUUAUAUUUCAGUUCUGUCCUUCAGUAAGAAAAAAAAUGGUAAAUUGUAGUGAUUUUGGGAAAGUUUUGUGUGUAUUGCAUAUGUGGCCAGUGAUAUGUAAAAUGUGUGUAAAGUAUUUGGCAGCCUCAGAGGUAAAGGGAUUUGAGGAGACAGUGUGUGUACAUAAAUGUUAAUAUAAAGAUCUGUUCAUCCUCACUUAGUAAAAGAUAUUUUUGUUGUAAUCUUGAUGAAAGGACAUCUAGGCGUUGAAAAGAUAGGACCACAGCAUUGAAAUAGAGCCUGUGUAUUAAACAAUAUAUCUUGCCUACAUUCUUGAACUAGUUGGUACAGAAUAUUAGAUGUUUCCUUCAAAGUGUGUAGGUAAGUGGUGUAAUUUUAUUGUUCCUCUAUGCCUUUUGGUGUUUAGAGAUUUCAUCAGAAUGAAGAUAUUUUUUCUACAAAAAAGGCAAAUCAUUGAGCUAUUCCAUGUCAACAUUUGUUGAAUUAGUUAUAAUAUUGUAAGGAGUUACUAAAGAAUUUUUGGUCAGUUCAUUUGUAACAUUCUGUGAAAUAUUUCAGGCAAAUAAGAACUGUAUUGAAUCAGUAAGUCGCAUUCCGAAUCAUAUGUAAGUAAACUGGACAUGCAGUUUGCAGAUUAAUGGUGCUAGACAUGAUCGGUGCUUGCACGUGGAUGACUAUCGACUGUGGUGUUUGGGCGCAUCUUGUAUAAAUGUUUUAAAAGUUAUGUCUAUAAGGACUGCAUAAUAUAAAAUCAAAUGUUUAUGCUAAUUUGCAGGUUCUAGUAAGAUUAUAUGGGAUUUGAAGUUUUCACAGUGGUGAAAAUGUGGAUUGUGGUCUCUGGAUUAUGACAUCAUGUGAUCUUCUAGGUGGUCGACCGUGUCUUGGAGGAACAUAUCAUCUCCAGCUUAUACCAUGAAGAUGGAAGUGAUAUAUUCCUCUGACACUUUGGCAACCACAUGUAAGACUACAUGAUGUCAUAAUCCAGAAGACACAGUAGACAGGUAUGAUGAUAUUCAGUUACGUUUUGCUCAAAUUUUAAGCCUUCUUAAACCGUAUAAAUAUGUCCUUUAUCCAUAUAAGUAUCUCACAAACAUGAUGUGCAUAUAAAGACCUCCUUUUAAGUGUUGAGAUUUAUGUAUUAUGUUUAGUAUAUUUUGUGCAGUUAUUUAUGGUAUUAUGUAUGUAUGAAUGAAUGAGAUAGGAGGAAUACCAUAAUUCCACAUCUAUGAAUAAUAAGAAAAGUAUUUGAAUAUUAAAUUGAUUUAGAAAUCACAACUCACUGAGACCCCAAACAGGUUGAUAAACAUCAAUUGGCAUACUAAAGAAAUCUUGUAUGAUGUAAUAUAAUUACUUACUGGAGAAGUAGGUGUUUUCAGUGCCUACAUCCAAUGCUUUAGAACAACAACCUUCUCUUUAAAAUACUCCUUAGGCCACUGAGGCUCUACAGUAAUAUGCGUAGCUUUCAUGAAAACCUAAUCACAGGUUUGACUAGAUAUAUGACUAAAGAGUUAUUUACUAAACAAUAUUAUGAAUGAUUCAUUAAUUUGUUACUAUUAUCCAUGAAAGGAAUUUCUUUUAUCAUUAUCUCAAAAAGUGGAUGUAUUGCCUAAGGCAUGUGACUGAUCCCACUUUAUACUAUACCCGAAAGGACGGUCUUAUCUUUGGUUCUAUAAUUUGAAUAAUGCAGAACUUUAUUUCAGACAAAGGUAAUGAAGUCAUAAUGGCAUCCUUUUCUUAUAGUUUAAUAGUUCCAAUUUUAAAGCUCCUUGCUGUUUUUGAGCAGUUAACUCUCUAUAAAAUAACUUCCUGUCCUAAGUGAGUCAUGAAAUUAUAAUGUCAGUUUUGCUCAUUAUUCCCCGAGUACAUUCCUUGCACGAAGUGCAUAGGCGGAAUGCAUUAUGGGCUGGUCAAGUCCAUCCUGUCGAUUCUGCUUGAGAAACAUUGGAUGGAUUCGGAUGACAUUUGAUGUGAAGGUACACAGCCUUAAAAUUGUACUUUCGAAUAUCCUACAAGCGGUGAUAUGAAAUUGACAUGAGGAAAUUUGUGAGAUAGACAUUGAGGUGCUGCAAUCUGGUGACCAAAUUGGGAACUAUCAAACAAGGCAGAUUUAAUACCUCUAAAUGCACAUUGCAAAGAAUGCGCAAGGAUAUGUGUAUUACAGUACAAAAUGCACUUUCCAACCUUGAAAAUAAACUAUAUCUCAUUUUUACAGCCAAUUGUAACAUGAACUACAUUGGAAGGUUUGGAUUGUGGGUCUGAAUGUAAGUAACCACACAUUACAGUGAUCGUACCAUCCUGUUAAAUAAUAAUGGCAUGUGACACAGAACAGUACGAAGUAGUAUGAGCUCUGAAUUUAUAAAUUCUUGGCAUUGUAGUGUGCCAUUUAAAAUGUGGAUAUCAAGAUUAGUCAUAUGAUUCUUAAUGCAUAUUAUAUCAAUGUUAAAUUAUACAAUAGAUUAGUAAUGUUUAAACCAUCUGUCUUACAUAUCUUUUAAAUAUUUUCCCCACUUAGUUAUGUAUCACAUUUUUCUGUAAAUUAUUCAUGUAUUCAUAGUGAACCUUCAGUGAUUUAAAAUUCCUUUAAAAAUACUUGAAGAUGAAUGUACUACUGUAUAAAGCUUUCAUAGUGACCAUUAAUAAAAUCUUCUCAGGCUAUAAGUCUUGUCAGUUGGUUAAAAAUCACCAACAUUCAAGGACCAGAGAUGGUCCCUGAAAUGUCAGUAAUUUUUAACAAACUAGCACAAUGUAAACGCUAAGAAAAUUUUAUUAAUUUAACAUACUGUGUUCAUCACAUAUUGUUUAGAUGGGUGCUACUGAAGUUCAUCACAAUAUGAUUUCAUUUUUGCUACUGUAAACUUCACCAGUUUCAUUGUAAAUGAAUGUAUUAUUCUUAUAAUUCUCAUAAUCAGUAACAUAAUUCAUGCUGCAUUCAAAAUUUUAACAUUCCCCAUACUACAUAUAUUUGUCUCUUUCUGCAUCACUGUUAUUGUCUCACACAUAACUGUGGUCUGAAGAAAAGCUUGAUAUUAAUAUGGUGAAUUGAUCUUAGUGAUAUAGAAAAGCAAUAUUGAACAUAAGUAGGAUUUGAGGUUUUGACAGCGGUGAGUCUGAAGAUUGCCGUCUUCUGGGUUGUUGUACCGCGUAGUCAGGCAGUAUGACUUCUGAAGCGUUGGCGGAAAAUCUACCGGACUACACGGCACAACAACCCAGAAGACUGCAGUCUUCAAUAUUGAACAUAAGUUUGCAAAUGAACAAAUUUAUUUCUGUAAUCUUAAAAGUUAUGUAUGUUCAUUGGGUAAAUGAAAAACAAGAUAUUUCUUGACUUUAUGAAUACAAAGAACAAACUAUGUUUUUGUUUAUCUCGCAGUCCUAUAUUUAAAUUUGGAAAAACCAAAAUUAAUAAAUCUCGAUAGUUCAUUCAUUGAACAUCCUGCUUAUAUUUUUGUGUAUAAAGUGCAAGUAAGUAUGUUGCUAUGAUGCAAAGUUCAAUAUAACAAUGCUAAUAGUAACAGAGCAAGGUACAAAUCACAAUGUAAGCAAUCUUGCAGUUUUAUACUGUACUCUGUUGCCAGGAUAUUCAUCUGAAGCAAACUAGUACAGGACGUGCUAGUUCUGAUUAAUAUAUAGAGUGUAAGAUGUACUAUUGAGAAUCUUCCCAUAUAGAAAUGAAAUACAUCAUCUACAGUGUGUUCUAUGAAAUGAUAAUUCACUGCCUUGCAGAUUCAAUAUAUUUAUUGUUUUGAGAGUAUCGUACUAAAGUGAUGGAAUAGGUACAUGACAUGAUAGCUUUUAUUUGUAAAUAGAGGUAAUUGAGAUUUAUCAUUGAGAAUCUUAUUUCCAUAUGUAAAUUAAAUAUGGACUAUAUGAAGUAAUUUGUAUAAUACAUUUUGUUGCACUCUCCAGACAUAUAUAGCAGUGUAUAGUGCAGAUUUUUAAAAUGAUGACUUUCAGAUAUGGUAUAUACUUAUAUUAUAUCUUUGUUAAAAAAAUUAUGGUAUUUUUUGGCUGGCAAUUCCAGUAAUUGGGAAUUUGGAUCAUACUUGAGGAAACAAGUCAGAGCAUUAUCAAAUGUUGGACAUUUAGAAUUGUUAAUAUAAUUUCCAUCUGGAAGAAAAAAGAUGCAGUUGACAUCAAAUCCUCUGAAUUUACCAGUGACCUUUCUGCAUUUCUUGUCCCAGAUUGUAUGAAUCAGUUAAGAUUAACUUAGAACCUAUGAUGUAAUAUGUUAUAAAACUAUGUUUUGUUUUCUUUUGCAAACAAUCAAUAUCACUGUAUUACAAUUAAUGUAACUGUGAAUGAACUUCAAACAUGAGAUUCCCCCGUCUACAAAAAUGUGCAUUGUAACUGCUGUAAAUGAAGGAGAAGUAGCAUAAGAUAAAACUUUUCAGAAUGAUUGAA